AUAUAGACAUAGACAUAGAUCUUACACUACAGUACUGACCAACAGUAUGUCACAAAAGCCCGAGUCACAAGACCUCUUUAAGGACGUGUUUCCCAAGAUCGUUCAAACCAUCCGGUCAGCAUCAUCAUUGGCAGCACAAGAUGUUAGUUUCUAUAAGUCGAUUGAUUCAGGAUUAUCAAAGGAUAUUGAAGAUAGUUCUAAAAGUCUUCUUGAAGUUGCUAAUCGUUUAUUAAGUACUAUGGGAGAUGGAGUUAGUCCCAUUCAAUAUGGAGAAGAAGAAAUCGUAGGAGAAGUUAGUUGGAAGUCCAUAUCUCUGACAUUGGAUAUAUUAUAUGAGAAUAUUGAACAAGCAUUUGAUGCUCAACAACGAAAUAAAUCUGCAUCAUCAGAUGACAAACAUAUGACUCAUCUUGAACUGUCGGGUGAUGGUUCAUCAUCUCACAAUGUAAAUACAAAAUAUGAUGGUAAACGUAUUCAGAAACCUCAACUCCAAUUCAAAGUUAAGAUUGAUAAUUCUGAAAGUCACCCAUUUAAACCUAAGAUCACGACCAAACCACAUGCAUUAAGGUCAUUUGAAGAAUCUACUACCUUAAUAAACCCUGAACCUACUUAUGAAGAUACCAUAGAAGUAGUAGAUCCACCAUUCUAUCCUCAACCAUAUGAUUAUGAAAUUGAUAAUCAACCAUAUCCUGAAUCUAUCUUGAUAAAUUCAGAACCUAUUCCAUCUAAUGAUUGGUCUACUACCAGUGCUAUAUGGGUUGAAACUAUAGAAGAUUUAAAUAAGAUGAUAGAAGAUUUAAGAGACAGUACAGAAAUAGCUGUUGAUUUAGAACAUCAUGAUUAUAGAACUUAUUUCGGAAUUGUAUGUCUUAUGCAAAUAUCUAAUCGAGAUCAAGAUUGGAUAGUAGAUACUUUAAAGUUAAGAGAUGAUCUAGAACCAUUAAAUGAAAUCUUUACUAAUCCAAAUAUAGUUAAAGUCUUUCAUGGUGCAUUCAUGGAUAUAAUAUGGUUACAAAGAGAUUUGGGAUUAUAUAUAGUUUCAUUAUUUGAUACUUAUCAUGCUUCAAAGGCAUUAGGAUUCCCUAAAUUCUCUUUGGCAUACUUAUUGGAAAAUUAUGCAAACUUUAAAACUUCAAAGAAAUAUCAAUUGGCUGAUUGGAGAAUAAGGCCAUUACUGCCUCCAAUGUUAGCCUAUGCCAGAUCAGAUACUCAUUUCUUAUUAAAUAUAUAUGAUCAAUUAAGAAAUAAAUUAAUUGAUUCAGGAGAUGAAAAACUCCGUCGAGUCUUAAAUGAUUCACGACAAGUUGCCAAGAGACGAUUCGAAUAUACAAAAUUCAGACCUUUAUCAAAUAAUGGUAAUGGGAAAGUUUCUUGUCCUAUAAUGUCCAAUAAUCCAGCUGAACCAUUUUCUUCAAUUAUGGUACUGUAUAAUGUUCCAGUUCAUAAAAAGCCUAUUGUGGAAGUAUUGUAUAAUUGGAGAGAUUCUAUUGCCAAAGAAGAAGAUGAAUCUGUAAGAUAUGUUAUGCCUAAUCAAUUAUUAGUCGAUUUAACUAGUCUUGAUGAAAAUGUUAAUGUCGAUAGAAUCUUAAACGCUUCACGUUUCAUAUCGGAACAUGUAAGACUUAAUGCCAAGGAAUUAGCCAGUCUUAUUGAAAGUACCAUUAAGAGAACUGCUCAGAAUGAUUGGGAUUUAGUAGAUAAAUGGCAUGAAGAUACUUCCAGUGGAAAUAUUGGAAGUAUUACUGAUGAGUCAUCAUUUAAAGAGUUAUUCAAUCACUGUAAAGGAUUAUUGAAAUCCACAGGAGCAUUAUUGAGUACACAUUCCAAGUUAUUCCCCAAGAUUUAUGAAGGUGCUAAAAAGUUAAUUACUGUCGAGUGCAACCCGGAAGACAUGACGGUGGUUAAGCAUGAUUUUGCUAAUGAAUAUAAGGAUCGUCUCGAACAUGCUUGGAAGGGUAUUACUUCUAUUCAAGAUGAAGUUGCAGUCAAUAUAGGGUCGAUAGAAGAUGAAAAUGAUGAACCAGUAGAACAAGAAGAACCUGUGGAAAUUCCAGUAGAAGCUCCAGUAGAAGUUAAGACUGGAGCUGCUACACUCUUUGCUGAUAAGGGUGAUUUCGAUCCUAAUGAAUUAAUUACUCUCCGUAAGAAGAACUCCAAUCAGCACGUAUUCAGCCAGUCUAAAAAACGUACUCAACAAGGUGAUAACUUUGACUUAGCCAAUGCUGACAAAGUAUUACUUAAUCCAAGCAAGCCUAAGGACAAUAAGAAGAGAAAACCUCGAUUCGAUCCUUAUUCACGUGAAAGUCAAGGACCACAACCUUCCAAGAAAGCCAAGCCCAUGACCCAAGGGAAGAGUUCGACAUUCCGAAACAAGAGGAAGUAAGCCUAUUGUUUAUAUAAUUUAUAGUUGUAUAGUUAAUACUACACUCAUACUAAGCAUA